AUGAAAAAGUAAGGUUACUUUGAUCUUGAUUAUUAUUCAUAGCAAGAUAAUCUUGAUGAUCCAAUACCUAAGAAUGAAUGCUAAUUUAAGCUUAUAUUUGAGACUAAAUAAGAGGCAGGACAUUACUUUAAGCUGAAAUUCGAUUGGAUUAACAUUAAUGGAGACUCUAUUGAUUUUUAAAAGCAUGAUACUGGAUUUUUUAGAGAUUGGACAUUGAUUAAAAUAGAAGGUGAGGAACCAAAACCAGUAGAAUAAGAGGCUCCAUCCAAAGGAGCCCCUGCCGGUAAAAAGCCAGCUGCUCCUGCUAAGCCAGAUCCAAAGAAGGGUGGUGCUUUAGAAGAGAUAACUGACAACAGGCCUAGAUAAAUUACUUUUACCAAGGAUUUUGGGUAGGAGAUGGGUAACGGUAUUCGUAUUACGGAAGAAGUAGCCAAGAGAUUUGCAGAAUCCUAUAUGAAGAUUGAAGUUUACGAAGUAAAUCGUGAAACUUAAGAGGAAUCUCUGAAGGACACAGUAAAAAUUGAUCUUUCCUGUAUGCUUUUCCCGAAGACCAAAGUUGACUUUAAUUGGAUGUUUGAAAAGCUCAAACCUAUUCAAAUUCACUACUUGAGUGUCACCAUAUAGAGUGAUUAGCCUUUACUUUCUGAUUUUUUAAGGAAAAAACUUAAUCCCCUUCAAAUUCAUCUAGUUGCUUGCAAAGACAUUCCAUAUAAAACUGAACCUAAGUUUAAGCCAAUAUACUGUGUCUUCAAAUUUGUAGAUGGAAAGUCAUUCUCAACUUUGGAGUUUCCAUAGCAACCUUUUAUUAAAUUCAUGCACAAGCACGUAUUCCUCAUUGGCUCAUAAGAUCCAGUUUAACUGAAGGAAUUACUGGCUACCUAAAUCGUGAAAGUUGAAUUGCAUGACUGUGAUGAGUACGUUCCACCUGAGGAUGAGAAAGAUGCCAAGUUUUCCAUAGGUUGUGCCAAGUUUACCUUGAAGGAUUUUUUAAGAUCGAAUUGCAAGGAGCUUAAAUUAAGAUCUGAUGUUUAUCCAGUCAAAAGAGAAUAGCAAGAUAAUACUUAAAAUUUAGAUUUGAACACUACUGCAAGGAAAGGUGAAAGAGGAAUAGAAAAGGCAUCGCCCUAUCUAAUCAAUGCUACUUACUGUGUACUCACUGCUGAACUAUCCUAUCCAAUAGGAUCAUUUAAUGAGGAAAAUGAGUUAAAAUUGUUAAAACCCUCUCUUGGAGAAGAUUCAACUACUUAAGCCUAGGCAGAUUAAAGAGUGUCAAACUUAACAAAUAAACCAGGUGCUCAAACUACUUCAUAACUUAAUAAUGCUAAGUCUUAGGAGCAUUUGAUAUCAUAAGGUAGCAUGAGAUCUGCCCUUAUGACUCCUAAUAGAACUCAAGAAGCUUUCAAUGAGCAAGAUGCCAUCUAUGAAAGAGCUAUUAUCAUAAUUCCCUAUAAAGCAUAAGAUAUGGUUAAAUAAAUAGAGACCUCCUUUGAGAACAUUAAUAUGCUAGGUCUUGGUGUUGAUAAUGUCCGAUACAUAAACACAAAAGAAUUUUCAGAUGAAGAGAAGAAAAAUAGAAAAAUGGAUAUUAUAGGAGGUUUUGAGUUAAUGGAUGCAGAAUGUAGAAUUUAUGUCUUUGAGGGCCUUGGUGGUCUAGGCAGAGGCAUGAAUUAGUUUUAUAUUGAAAACUAACGUCAAAGGCCUAAUGAUAAGAAAUUUAAACUUUUGUAUAACCCUGAAGUGAGAUUCAAAAACAGACUUUACCUUGACUUCAAUGUUCAGAUAAAAAAAGUAAAACUAAGAGACACUCUUACAAAGAUUAUGGGAUCUCCUGAUGUAUAUCUUAGGUCAAAGGUGCCAGAAGAUAUCUAUGAUACUCUUUAGAAAUUCGCUGAAAUGAGGAAACUUGACAGAAUGACUCUAGUAAGAGACUUUAAUCUCUUCCCUGUUACUGAACGACUUUUGAAUUUAGAGAGAAAAUACGGAGAUUCAUUAUCGUAUGAAGAUCUUUAUGGAAGAGCAAAUAAGCCGAGAAGAAAAAAGGUUGGUGAUGAGACCAUGUCUGUUAACUUUGCUGACGAUACUAUGGCAUAAAAGAGUGUCACUGUAUUUUCACAGGCUACGGCUUCUUAAUUUGAUAAAAAGCCUUCAACUCAAGAAAACACUAAUUAAUAUACUUAAAGAAGAGAGAGAUACUCUCACAAAGGAUAAACCGAAGCCAAGAAUCAUGAUUUUGAAGAUUUGUUGAAAUCUAGAAAAGAAGCAGCACAGAGAGACUUAAAGCAAGAAUAGAUUGAUAAGCUAAAAAGUAUGAGUGUUGGAAGACCUCCCAAGGAAAGAAUGAACAUUCCUGAGGGUGUUGAGGUCUUUAUGUAUGGUAACUAAAAGCUAAAUAUAUGGGAAUUCCAAAAAGAGCAGCUGAGAAAGUAAAUAGCUGAUGAUAAGAAAAACUUCUAUACAUACUCUUCUGAUUUCCUAACUUUAGCAUUCCCUCUCAUUAAUGAAAACGAAAUUAAAAUGAAGGAAAAAGAGGAAAAUGAAUAAAAGUGGAAAACUAAGAAAGGCUUUGACAAUCUAAUAAAGAAAAAUAACUAUGCUGAGCAUCCUAAAAAACCACCAUAAUGUAUAAUUGAUGAUCUAUAGUUACCCUACGUUGAAUAGCUCAAGGAGAAAAUGGAAGCAAUGAAGGGCAGAUAGCCUUUUAUUCCAGACGAUGGAAAGUCCGAUUUUUAAAAGAACUUUAGAGUGCCCCCUACAUUUUCAGAUCGUGAAUUCUUUAAUACAGUGUUUAUCUCUGGUGAUGAUAUGGUUAAGGAGCAACAAAUGCUUUAAUAAAAAGAAUUAGAGACAUGGAAAAACAAACUUGUAGUAGAAAAUCCUCACUUCAAAGUUAAUACGAUAUAGCAUUUGAAACCAGGAUAAAUUGAGAAGCAUAGAAAUUUACUUGAAGAUCCUCCUAAAAAGGUUGGGUUUAGAUUGUCAAACACAAGACUCAGAGAUAUUACUACGAGAUCAAUCUUAGCCUCAAAACAUAUUGAGAACAUCCCUUCAACUAUAUUCGCUAAUGCUGCCUAUAUUGAUCCUAUGAAAAUUAUUCCAAAGAUGAAAGAAAAAGACCCAACUAUGAUGACUGGUGGAAGUAGAGAUUUCAACACUAAUAUCAAAAAUGAUAUACUAAGUGGUUCACCAAAAAGUAGGAAGGUAUUCAUUUAACCAGUGAGUAAAGAUGAAAAAACAGGACCUAAAUGGGAAUGA